AUGGAAGGAUUGCAGAAGUUUGUCCGUACAGUUUCAAAAGAGGCUAAAUCAGUCUCUUCUUCGUUAUCCGAGAGCCCGUACAAUUCCAGUGGUAGUGACGUGGUGGAGAACUAUCUGCAGCUUUAUCUUCUUCUGAUCAGUCUCGUUUUUGGUCUCCAGGGCUCCCAACAAGUGGUACGCUGUGGACCUGUUCAAAGCUUUGCGCAUUUUUCUUUGUUGCUGGAAUUUUUGUUGGUUACACACUCAAGCGACGUGUUAGGCGUUGGGCUUCAAAAUUUUGAAGAGAUUGUCAUUAAUGGUGUGAGUGGUUUAGCAGCCGCUAAACAUCUGCGUCACCAUAAUCCGAUAGUAUUUGAGGCCUCGGAUUCUAUUGGAGGAGUGUGGAAAGGCUGUUCUUACAAAUCUACUAAGCUCCAGUCGGCUCGUUGUGAUUACGAGUUCGCUGAUUUUCCAUGGCCUAACAGAGAUGAUCCUGGUUUUCCUUCUUAUAUUGAGAUAUUGGAUUACCUGGAAUCUUAUGCAAAACACUUUGAUUUUUUAAAGUGUGUGAGGUUCAAUUCGAAAGUUGUGGGUGUCCGGUUCAUUGCCGACACACAAACCACUGAUUUUGGUGAAAAACCACGAGAAUAUGAGACCCCCUUGCCAGGUCAUCCUGUUUGGGAAGUUGCAGUGCAAACUAACAAUUCUGAUUCCAUUCAGUGGUAUGGAUUCGAGUUUGUGGUUGUAUGUACGGGGAGGUACGGUGACAUACCGAGAAUUCCAGCUUUCCCUCGGAACAAAGGGCCUGAGACAUUUGAGGGGGAGGUCUUGCAUUGCCUUGAUUACUGUAAGCUUGACAAGGAAGGUGCUACUCAGCUGCUCAAGGGCAAAAGGGUGGUUGUUGUUGGCUACAAGAAAUCCGCUAUUGAUUUAGCUAUGGAAUGCGCUGAAGCAAAUCAAGGGGCAGAAGGAAAACCAUGCACUAUGUUGGUAAGGACCCCACACUGGCCAGUCCCCCAUUACUGGGUUUGGGGUUUGCCCUUCUUCCUCUUCUAUUCCACAAGAUUUUCUCAGUUUUUGCACAGAGCACCAAGCCAAACCUUUCUCAGGACUCUCCUUGGCCUCCUAUUAUCUCCUGUUAGGCGUGGAGUAUCUAAGUUCAUUGAGUCCUAUGUGCUUUGGAGGCUUCCUUUGCUCAAAUAUGGACUAAAACCAGAUCACUCAUUUGAGGAAGACUAUGCUUCUUGCCAGAUGGCUAUCAUGCCUCAGAAUUUCUUCUCUGAGGCUGAUAAGGGAAAGAUUGUGUUCAAAAGAACAUCAAAAUGGUGGUUCUGGGAGGGUGGCAUUGAGUUUGAUGACAACACUAAAUUGGAGGCCGAUGUUGUGAUUUUUGCCACUGGUUACGAUGGGAAGAAAAAGCUUAAAGCUAUUUUACCAGAGCCUUUUUGUAGCUUGUUAGAAUAUCCUUCAGGCAUUAUACCCUUAUACAGGGGCACUAUCCAUCCAUUGAUACCAAACAUGGCUUUUGGGGGUUACGUUGAAAGCCUUUCAAACCUUCACACUGCUGAGCUACGGAGCAUAUGGUUGGCUCGACUAAUUGACAACAAAUUCAAGCUCCCCAGUGUGGAGCAGAUGCUUGAACAAAUAGCAAAAGAGAUGGAAGUCAUGAGGCAGUCCACCAGGUUCUACAAGAGGCAUUGUAUCUCUACUUUCAGCAUCAAUCACGGUGACGAAAUAUGUCAAGAGAUGGGAUGGAACACUUGGAGGAAAAGGAAUUGGUUAUUAGAAGCAUUUAGCCCUUAUGGCAGUCAGGACUAUGAGCUGGAAAAAUAGAGCUAUAAUAAUAAUAAUAAUAAUAAUAAUAAAUAAUUUAGCUCAUCAAAAUAUUAAAAGAAAAGGGAGAUAUGCUUGAAGUUUUAAUUUCUUUACUUUUUUAUUAGCAAAUACAGAUCCAGAUAUGUGUAGCAAAAUUCAACCCUUUUCUGAAUAAAGUCUAUGUAUCUCUGUUUGCAUUACCUGUUCAGCUGAAAUUUUUUCACAUUUACUUUCAGAAAGUCAUAAAAUGAAGUAGCCAUGUGCAGCACAC